AGGGCCUUAGAGAAUUAUUUACUUUUCGAGAGUUGUCGUGGUGUAACCUUCAAGGAAAAGGACGAUAGAUAUCUAAAUUUUGUCUAUUUUGUGUAAUAUAACCACAACUGCUAUACAAUGCCUCGGCAGAAGCAGGUAACUCACAAGGGCAAGUCCCGUGAGUUUACGCCUGUCGAGGAGAUGCAGCAGGACUGGGAAGAGCAUCUGAAGGAGACUUCAUUGAGCAGCGAUGAGGACAAGAGUUCGUCGGAUGAUGAUAGCCAUGGCCAACAUGGAAAGACACUACGACCUAAGGGUGUCCAAAGCUUGAUUGAAAUUUCGAAUCCCAACCGCUCAAAGUCGCCGAAUGCCUGGAAAGAUGAAAUUUGCGACGAGCCAUUGGUGGUGUCGCCGCCAAAGCCAGGCCGUGGACGGGAAAUGCGUCGCAGUCCGAAUAUAAAACUAUCCGGAGCUAUUCAAGCCGAUCUGGAUCGUCUGGCCGUUGUCCGUAAAGAGCGUCAGCAGGCUGCCCAGCGGCGUUUCGACACCAAGAAAGGUGACCGAGACCGCUCGUCAUCUAAGUCGUCAAACGGCGGGUCUCGUUACCUAAAAAGUUCCUACGACCGCGGCGCUUAUGUGCAAAACUCUGCGGGGCCGCAGAAACUAAAUCGCAAAUCCAUGCUCAAAAAGAAGUGAUUCACGCAUGUAAAUCACUUCUACCAUUAAACACACAACAAAAAUAUUCUACAACAAAACAAAACGCUGGCAGUCAAGCAAAAACAAAAAUUGUGCAAACAUUUCGACAACAAAUAUUUCAAUAGCUUAUAUUCAACAUGAUUUAGCAGCGGCCGAAAUCUGGGAAACGCUCACGAUCACCUAACGACGACACAUUGAACAAUAAUAAAAGUCAAAGUAAAGUACUCGUUACCCAGAAAAUAAGCGACAACUCAAAUCCAGAGAAAAU